GCCUACAGCAUUUCCAACUUUAUCGUGUUUUGAAUCAUGACCAGGAAACAUUCAUCAUAAAGCGUCAGCUAGACAGUGGCAGAACUCAGAAAAUUGAAACCACUCGCAAAUUCGCACCAACAAUAUCAUAACAAAACGUUCUCCUUCGACCUAUCUAGUCGCUGUCACUGCUGGAGGAGCCGCUGCCACUGCUGUGACUACCCCUGCGCUUGUGAUGUUUGUCGUGCUUCUUGUGGUGCUUAUCCUUGUGUUUCUUGUCCUUCUUUUCCUUGUGGCCAUGGUGCCCAUCCCCACCAUGAUGAUGGCCGCCGGAACUGCCUCCAUGACCAGAGUAAGCACCAUAGGCGGCGGCAGCCCCGGCAGCCAUACCGGCAGCGCCGUAUCCAGCACCUGCACCAUAGUGCUGCGGAGGGGCAGCAUGGCCGCCACCGCCAUACCCGUGCUGAGGAGCUGGCGGAUAUCCGUGGUGCUGCUGCUGCUGCUGAUACGGCGGCUGCUGAUAAUGCUGCUGCGGGGGGUACGGCUGAUGCUGCGGCGGUGCAUACGCACCACUGCCAGAGUACCCGCCCGGCGGCACGCCCGAGUUCGAGUAGCCGAAUCCUCCUCCUCCUCCGCUGCUGCUGCCCCCUCCGUGCUGAUACUGGUCUCCAUGCUUCGGCGGCUUGCUGCCCCCACCCCCGCCCAUGAGAUUGCCUGCGAUGGCGCCGACGGCAGCGUUGAUGAGGUUCGUGCCCAGGCUUCGGUCGCUAGAUCCUCCUCCGCUGCCUCUGUCUCCUCCAUCCGCGCCGCCGCCGCCGCUGUAGUGCCCACCACCGGAAGAAGAAUAUGGCGGCGGCUGCUGGGGAUAGCCGUGUUGGCCAUACGGCGCGCUGCUGCCGCUGCCAGGAGCGGGCGGGCCCCCGGGGUACGCUGGCGCACCUCCGCCGUGGUGAGGCGGAUACUGGUUUCCUCCUCCGCCACCGCCGCCGCCGCUGCUGCUGUAAUAGUCGUUUGCCGACAUGACUUUUCGGGCGAUUGGGGGCAAGAAGUUGCUCCUCUGGAGAGAGUGGCCGUUUGUGUGUGGGUGGGGUGGGGUGCAGGUGAUGGUGAGAGCUGUUCAACUGUGAGGUGCUGCGCGAACAGGGAACAGUGUGCUCGAGAAGACGCGAAUGGUCUUCUAGGAAUGGUGGGAACCAGCCAGUGCUUGGUUCGAGCGGCGAGGAAUCAGGCUCUUAAGUACGCCCCUGCGAGUCGUCUUGACCUCGGAUGUUUCAAUCAAGGAAAGCUGUAGGCCGGGCACACAUCAAGUAGGCAAGCGGGCGGCCUCGCA